UUACCACUAACUGUAGAAUCACUGGCUGAAGAUGUCCCUGCUUCGAGGGUUUGAACUAAUGUUUCGUAAAGUCAAUAGUUCCUUUUUUUCAUUCGAGGGAUUCAAAUAGUAGAUUCGAAGCUCUGAAUUACUCCUCCGUGUUGUUUCGAAGGAUUUAAAUAGUAACUCAGAGGCUGUAAAUCACUACUCCGUGUUGUUACGAAGGAUUUGAAUAGUAGCUUCGAGGCUCUGAACCACUACUCCGCUUUGUUUCGAAGGAGUGAAGCAGUAGCUGCAGAGUCGCAGAGUCCCGUGAAGGGGCAGGAGGGAGGUCGUACGUUUUUUCGUCCCGUAAAGGGAACUCGACAAAGAAACCUUACCACAGUGUCACCAGGCCUUAGACCACCAUCCACGGGUGUAGAACAUGGCCGGAGCAGCGUCAUGGCCUUUGUGCUGGUGUUUAUUGUUGGUCCACGUGGCGGCGUGUGCAGGCCGCCCCACCAGCCCACUCACCUCACCCAACACAAGGCCCAACAGGCCUUUCCCCUCCCUCGCCGCCUCUUCUUUCUCCUCCGUCAACUCUACCUUCGCCAGUUUUCCGCCUGCCUCCGGAGAUCUGAACAGGACUGGAGGCAAAAAGGAGAAGGUGAAGUUCAAAAAGUACAAGGAUGGGAUGCGGGCGUGCUGGGAGGGUGUCUGGGGCUACGGGCGUGAGGAGCGGUGUGACAGGAGCGUCCACUGCCCCGACGCCUCAGACGAGAGUGACUGUCCCUGCGUCAGACUCAUCCCCAGGAAGUACCUGUGUGACGACUACCUUGACUGCCCUGACCUGUCUGACGAGUUGGGGUGUGGCGACUGUAAGGAAAUGGAAGUUCAGUGCUCAGUGAAUGGGACAAGUGUGUGUGUGCCACCGGGGAAGGUGUGCGACGGAGUGGCUGACUGUGGCAAUGGGAAGGACGAGAGGCUGUGCUAUAGGCUGGCAGCUUCGCAGGAGGAGCAGCCGAAGUACUUGGCCCUGAGGAGCAGUGGAGUGCGUGGAGGUGCGGCAGAAGGUUGGCUGGGCGCCCCUGUGCGGCCACAUCCAGCAGGACCUGAACGACCUGGUCAAUAAAAUCUGCAGUGAGCUGGUGGGUGAGGAAAGGGUGGGCCCAGACCAACAUGAAUUCGUGUCCAUGAACAGUACCACAAAAAGGAAGCACUGGGCUCACCUCCACCGGGAACGCUUUGACUUCUCCUCCAUGUGUAAAGGCCACUGGGUCCACAUCACCUGUGGGGCUGUCACCUGCGACAACUCAUCAGGUGGCCGCUUCAGGAGAGAGGCAGACAUUGAAAGAGAAAAGGAAACAGGUGACAUUGACUUAGAAGUUGGAGUGAAGGAUCUAGAGAGGCACAAGGAAAUGAAGCAAGAAGAGAAGGAAGAGGAUGAGAAGGAGGAGAGUGGAAAGGAGGCAGCCAACAAGACGAGGGUGAGACAGAAGCGGGAUCAUGGGAUGUGGGAUCUGAGGGUGGUGGGGGGCAGCGAUGCACCAGCCUCACUCUGGACCUUCCUUGUGGGCAUCAAGAGGAAUGGAAUCUUCUACUGUGGCGGGUCGAUCCUCUCCCAGCACUGGGUACUCUCUGCCGCCCACUGCGUCUAUGAGCCCAAGUCAGCUGUGUAUGAGGUGCACGCCGGCAUGCUGCGCCGCAACUCCUGGUCCCCAUAUGAACAGUCCUCGCUGGUGACCCACAUCCUGAAACACGAAGACUUUGACGCCCAUUACAUCAGGAACGAUUUGGCACUCUACAGAUUGCAGACUCCCUUCCACUUCAACAGGUGGGUGCGCCCAGUGUGCUUGGCGAACCACCUCUACCCGCAGGAGAAGGACAUCUGCACCGUGGCAGGCUGGGGCAACCUGCAGGAGGACGGAGAAGACUCCCAGCAGCUGCAGCAAGUUGACCUCCCCAUCCUGGCGACCUGUAAGAGUGAGACGUUCUUCAAGGACACGGAGGUUUUGUGCGCUGGGUACGAGAAGGGGCAGAAGGAUGCCUGCCAGGGGGACUCUGGCGGGCCUCUCAUGUGUACUGGGCCCGAGGAAGGCUGGGUGCAGGCUGGUGUGGUGUCCUUUGGCCGGGGGUGUGCUCGGCCGCGUCACCCUGGCGUGUAUGUGCGUAUUACUUACCACCUCAAGUGGCUCAACUCCAAACUGGAGUCAAUGAGUGAGUUGUCCAGUUUGCCCAGCAGCACACAGACCAUUGCUGAGUGUGGGGGAGUGGCCUGCCUGCUGGGGGAUGGGCGCUGCCUGCCAAUACACCAUGUCUGUGACAACAAGGUUGACUGUAUGAAUGCCGAGGAUGAGCUGGAGUGUGAGCGUAAGGUUGAGACACCCGAGGACAAACCAACCCAUGAGGCGUACAAACAGACGACCACACCUUCCACCACCCCAUCUACCACCACCACUCCCUCUACCACCACCACCACCACCACCACAACUACAACCACCACCACAACACCACCUCCUCCACCUGUCACCACCCCCACCACAACCACAACCUCCACUCUACCUCCCGUCACCACCUCCAUCGUGAAUGCUGCGGGGGUGAAGGAGGACUGUGUGUUGCCAGCGGAGAUAAUGGAGAACAAGACCGAGAGUUGUGAGGGGGAUGACUUUCUCUGCUCCAGAAUACCCGAGUGUGUGUCGCGGGAGAGAGCCGUGCGAGAGCCAGUUCGUGUGUCUGAUGAGCCGCCAGUGUACGCCCAUGGCUCAAUGGCCUUGAUCAAGCGACAUGAGACGCCCGAUUUUGACCGCUUCGGGAACCUGGCAACGCACAAAGAGGGGCGGCUAGUGCUGAGAAUGAAGGGUGUGUGGGAUACCAUCUGUGUGGACACCAUCAGCAGGAAGAUCGGCCAACAGGUGUGCAACCUGCUGGGCUAUGGGAGACUGGAGGAUCUGUUCUAUGUUGAUGACUACAAACACCUUCCGUCCCCGCUCACACCAAUAGCAGGCAAGUCCCACCCCAAAAUGCCGCAACACACUGCCAACAACUUUAAGAGGCUCAGGUCGCCAGUCGAAGGAGGCCAUAGGCAUAUUCGAUCUGUUAGGGAGCAUGAUGCUGCCCCUGGGAACACCACAGAGGAGGAAGAUAUACGAGCAGAAGUUUUGAGGGCGGUGCGUUCAACAAGGGAGACUAAAGGGGAGCAGUGCCGCCAGGUGGUGCUGAGCUGUGAGGAGGAGAAGUGUGGGAAGGCAUCUCUCUACUUCUUCAGUAAGUACAGGUGUGGCUGCACACUUGUCCACCCCCACUGGGCCAUCACCUCUAGUGCCUGUAUGGGCCACAUCAGUGUGGAGGAGUCGUUGGUGUGGGUGGUGAUGGGGUCAUGGCGGCGGGUGGGGGGACUGCCGCGGGUGUGGAGUGGCAAUGAAGAGGGGCGGCAAGUGGGCGGGACUCGGCUGGUGGGUGUGGGUGAGGUCCUCCUGCUCCGACUCACCUCCAGGAUGCCCAAGACCACCUACAUCACCCACCUCUGCCUCCCACUGAUAUUAUCAAGACUCUCACACACUCACCUUAGCUCCACCUGUGCCUUCUGCAGGGAGGCGAGCAACUUGGGGCCGUACAGCAGGUGCUCGAUAGCGGGGAUAGCCGAGGAUUACUACAGGGAGAGUGUUGGCAUCCCCUUCACCUCCUCAGCCAACUGUCUCCCUCAGCACUUCUGCCCAGAGGUGGAGGAUGAGUUCAAGAAUAUAUGCAUGGAGGCAUGGUCAGGGGUCAUUGCAUGUCAGCUGACCCAGGGCACCAACCCCACGUGGGCGGGCGUUGGGAUGUGGUCGUACCGGAAUCCUUCAGGGGAGUGCAGUCCAGCAAAGACUCACCCACUCUUCACCUCUGAGGACCUGAAGGAAAUACACAGGAUCAUGGAGGAAGACCAGGUGCCACUGAGUGUGGGUACGUGCACUGGGCGGCUGUGUGUGACAGGCGUGUGUGUGGAGGCUGCAGGGGAGUGUGACGGUAGACUCGAAUGUCCUGACCUGAGUGAUGAGAAGCCCUCCUGCCCGCCUCCUGCACCCCACUGCACCACCCUCGAUGGUGAAGACGACUGUGAAUGUCCCAUGGGGUGGUGGACAUGUCAGGACAAGCUUUGCAUCCCUGGCAGUGCUGUAUGUGACGGAGUAGAGGACUGCACCAGCGGGGAUGAUGAGACUGACUGUUCCUGCUGCAAGGUGUUGUUGUUCCGGGCACCACAGAAGAAGUGUGACGGAGUGUUGAAUUGCCCAGACCAGACUGACGAGAUGGAUUGUGGCUGCCAGACCUCCACGCAUUCCUUCAGGUGUUACAGAUCAAGGCCACAGAAAUGUGUUGGGAAGGACAGCGUGUGUAACGGAGAGGAAGACUGUCCCGAGGGUGAAGACGAGGACCAUUGUAUCACACUUGUUCCUCACCUCAGGCUGGAGGAGGAUGUGUUGGGGCAGCCAAAAAACUACCACCAAGGUUUCUUGAUGGUCCGUGUCUCGGGCAAGUGGUUCACCUAUGACUACGCCUCAUGGGAGAGCUACCUGUCGCACCUCAUCUGCCUUCAGUUGGGCUACUUGCAGGCGGCCGAGGCAGUGAAGCGCCUGAUGGAGGAAGUUAUCUUAAAGGCUGCGUGGAGAGAACGUGGCUGA